AAUAUAUAUAUAUAUACAGACAGAACCCACAUCAUGAAAAUUUGAAACAUUUGUUACAUCAAAACCUUGUGAUAGUGUUCAUGGCAGAGGAGGAGAGUCCAAGUGUGAUGCCAAAAGUGAUCACUUUCCUCUCCUCCAUGCUGGAAAAGGUGGCUGAAUCAAACGAUCACAACCAGAAGCUUCAACAGCAGCACAAGAUCUCAGUGUUCCAUGGCUUGACACGACCAAACAUCUCAAUCCAGAACUACCUUGAAAGAAUCUUCAAGUACGCUAAUUGCAGCCCUUCGUGUUUCAUCAUCGUUGCUUAUGUCUACCUCGACCGUUUCACUCAGAGACAACCCUCUCUCCCCAUCAACUCCUUCAAUGUGCAUAGAUUGUUGAUCACGAGUGUCAUGGUAGCUGCCAAAUUCAUGGAUGACAUGUCAGUCUCUCUUUCUCUCAUCGAUCGUAUCUCACUACUCAAAACUUUCUUCACUUCAACAAAACCUACUUUCCUCCAUGAUCACAUGAAUGGAGGGAGAAUUACCCUUUCAUGAGAUCGAAAAAUCUUUCAUUUUUUAAGUUGGGAGAUGUUCUUGGUGAAACUAAUAAAGAAAAAACAGAUUUUCAUAUUCUGGGUUUUAUCAGAUUUCUAAAUUUGAAACUUUGAUAUGUGUGUGUGUGUGUCUGUAAUAACUGCUGAUGAAAUCUUUGGUGGUUAUAGAAGCUAGGAAAAGUUAUUAGAAGGGAAUUUUUUUCUUAUUUUUUUUCUGAGUUUUAUGCAAUACUUAAGGUCAAUUUUUCAUUCAAAACUUUGAAAAGAGGUUUUUGAAAAAGAAAAACAACUGGUAAUAUUGGAUGAUCAUGGUGUGAGGUGUCUA